CUAUUCGGUGUUCGCUCGGCUUUAAGAAACAAUGGCGAGUGUUCCGGUUCAACUUCCGUUCCGAAUGCGCUCUGCUGAAGGGGGUUUGGACUUAAUGCUAAGCUUAGCUGUACAUGCUAACAACUGUGUCACAGCUCAGUAAUGUCAACAUUCAUCCGAAUGAUGGCUGCCUCGAGAAAACUGGCAUUGUUCCGUCUGCCUCCCCUGCCGACUGUAGGUGAGCUGAUAAAGCUGUACAACCUGCGAGCUGAGAAACAGCUGUCCCAGAACUUUCUUCUGGACUUGAAGCUCACAGACAAAAUAGUGCGGCAGGCAGGCAGUUUGAGGGAUGCCUAUGUGUGUGAGGUGGGUCCGGGUCCCGGGGGCCUGACCCGCUCUAUCCUCAAUGCCGGUGCUGCUGACUUGCUUGUGGUGGAAAAAGAUACACGUUUCAUUCCCGGGCUGAAGCUGUUGUCAGAGGCAGCACCGGGGAAGUUGAGGAUUGUCCACGGGGACAUACUCACCUACAGAACAGACCGGGGAUUCCCGCAAAGUAUCUCAAAGCCAUGGGAGGGAGAUCCGCCAAAUCUUCACAUCAUAGGGAAUCUUCCAUUCAGCGUCUCAACCCCCCUCAUCAUCAAGUGGCUGGAGAACAUAGCCAACAGGACAGGGCCCUUCGUCUACGGGCGCACUCGGCUCACGCUCACCUUCCAGGAAGAGGUGGCAGAGAGGUUGACGGCGAGCACUAGCAGCAGACAGAGGAGUCGUCUGUCCGUCAUGGCUCAGUAUCUCUGCACCGUCCGCAGCCGCUUCACCAUCCCUGGACGGGCCUUUGUCCCUAAACCAAAGGUGGACGUGGGAGUUGUCCACUUCACUCCUCUGGUUCAGCCCCAGAUCGAGCAGCCCUUCAAGAUGGUGGAGAAAGUGGUGAAAAACGUCUUCCAGUUUCGCAGGAAGCACUGCUACAGAGGAGUGGAGAUGUUGUUCCCGGAGGCGUGCCGCGUCGACCUGACGCAGGAGAUGCUGCAGAGGGCGGACGUGGACCCCACUCUGCGCCCGACAGAACUCACCAUACCCCACUUCAGGGCUUUAGUCGACGCCUACGCUCAUCUGUGCGCCACUGAUCCCGGUCUCUUCCACUACGACUUCAGAGACGAGCUCAGAGCGAAGCACGUGAGCCGGAAAACCCACUCACCAACGGACACAUUUGUGGACACGUCGGCCACCUCUCUGCAGCCCUGCUGAAAGGAACCAAGAAAAGCCAACUAAUAGCUUGUGUUAGCUCAGGGAGACAACAGCCUGCUCUCAGCUUUGACAUUUCCACCUGGCAUCAGCAUGCAUUUUUAAAAUGUUUUUCCCCGGGAGCAGGAGUUACCUACGGCGGUAUAUGUGAAAUCCUGGGAUGGAGACAAGGCACUUAAAGGUCCCGGUGGGGGUUGGGAUCGACGACGGGACAACUCCGACCUGAACUGUGUCAUUAGGACAAAAAAAAGAGUUACACACAAUAGCUCUUUAAGAGUGAAUGUCUCUUCCCAAUCCUUAUUUCAGAUCCAGCUCACAUAAAUCCUUGUCCUGUGAGACCUGAGAGAAACACCGUGUUGUUGUUCACUGAAUAUCGCUCACAGCAUUUUAACAACACCAUAUCCAGGCCUUUUGUUUUUUCUUCACUGUGUACUUUAUUGCCUGGUCGCUGGGGAGACGGCGCUUAAAAGGGAGGAGAAAGUGCUGGGAGUUUGUCAGCUCGCAAACCACUCGUGUUUAUUAACGGAAAAUGAUUCUCAUUAAAAUGUGUUUUUGUUUCAAAUGUA